GUAACAUCCAUUUCACAUCAAUGGAAAGGGAAGUGAUAGAGCAUGAAUGGUAACAAGAAGUAGUGUAUCUCUGGAGAUUGUAUACAAUAUAUAGAUUUAUUUAGCAAAUGUAUAGCAUAAGGGUUUACGUAUCUUAAUAGUUCGGAAUAGCUACGAAGAUUGCGGUUCUGUUGCAGUUUGCGAGCAGACUUCUGAAAUUACUGAAUUGCUCCGGGGGGUAUUUAACGGUGCCAAAUAAAUACAUAUCGGACCGUAAUAAUGUUGCAGACAAUCUUUGCAUUACCAGUUGAAGACAAGAUCUUUUACGCUGUCCUGGUCUUUUCAUGGACUGUGUAUAUUUGGGAGGCCUACCUCGCCUUUAGACAGAGGAAAAUCUACAGGACUACAAUGCAUGUGCCCACUGAGUUGGGUAAGAUAAUGGAUUCAGAGACCUUUGAAAAGUCUCGUCUCUAUCAACUGGACAAAAGCAACUUUGGCUUCUGGUCUGGACUGUACUCUGAGACAGAGGGCACGUUGAUACUUCUACUAGGAGGAAUCCCAUUCCUUUGGAAAGUGUCAGGAAAUCUCAACUCUCAUUUUGGCUUUGGUCCUGAGUAUGAGAUUUCCCAGUCUUUGAUGUUCCUGAUGUUAGCGACUCUAUUCAGUGCUUUCACUGGCCUUCCCUGGAGCCUUUAUAACACGUUUGUUAUUGAGGAAAAGCAUGGAUUUAACCAGCAGACAUUGAGUUUCUUUUUGAAAGAUGCUGUGAAGAAGUUUGCUGUGACUCAGUGUAUAUUGCUGCCAGUUACAUCAUUGCUGCUCUAUAUCAUCAAGAUCGGCGGUGAUUAUUUCUUCAUCUAUGCCUGGCUCUUCACUCUUGUUGUCUCUUUGAUCCUUGUGACUAUCUAUGCAGACUACAUUGCCCCUCUGUUUGAUAAAUUCACACCACUGCCGGAUGGAGAGUUGAAGAGUGAGAUUGAGAGCAUGUCAAAGUCCAUCAAUUUUCCCCUCACCAAGGUCUAUGUAGUGGAAGGCUCAAAGCGAUCUUCUCACAGUAAUGCUUACUUCUAUGGUUUUUUCAAAAACAAGCGCAUUGUGCUAUUUGAUACGCUUUUAGAGGAUUAUUCCCCUUUAAACCAAACUGGAGGGACAGAGUCGGGCACUGGAGAAGAGAGUGAGGUGGCUGGAAAUGAGAGCAAGUCCAAACCAAAGCACAAGAAACAGGGCUGCAGUAACCCAGAGGUUUUGGCGGUUCUUGGACAUGAACUGGGGCAUUGGAAACUGGGCCACACAGUCAAGAACAUUGUUAUCAGUCAGAUGAACUCUUUUCUCUGCUUUUUCCUUUUUGCUGUUCUGAUUGGUCGAAAAGAGCUCUUCAUGGCCUUUGGUUUUCAUGACAGCCAACCCACCCUUAUUGGACUGAUGAUCAUCUUUCAGUUUAUCUUCUCACCUUACAAUGAGUUACUGUCGUUCUGUCUGACGGUAUUGAGUCGAAGGUUUGAGUUUCAGGCAGAUGCAUUUGCACGCAACAUGGGCAGAUCAUCUGAGCUCUAUUCUGCCCUAAUCAAGCUGAAUAAAGACAACCUUGGCUUCCCUGUAGCAGACUGGCUCUUCUCUACGUGGCAUUACUCCCAUCCUCCACUGCUGGAGCGACUCAGAGCCCUUACAGGACCCAAACAGGACUGACAACUUCGUAAGAGGGGGCCUCCUUCACCACUCGCUCCCCUGAAAAAGGAUCUCUGCCGGCCUCUUUUGGCCCUCUGAAACAGAUGUCUGUUUCUCUCGCUUACUUUUUGUCUUUAAUGACAGUCUGCCUGAUAUUUUCCUUUCUCUUCCCAAGUGUUUGGUUUAUUCAUUUGUUUGUAAUCGGGCUGAAAGAAAACAUCAUCAGUAAACUGAUUAUUUGCAAGAUUUAUCUAAAUGUGUGUGAUUAGUAUGCCUUUUGCUCUUAAUCAAUAUUCAUUUGUUCUUUGUUGUUUUAAAUCCGUAAAUACAUUUUACUGGGUAUUCUCCCUUCUAACUAUUUGUUGUUUUGAUCCAUGCAUUUAUACUUUUUUACUAAGUGUCAUCCAAUGUUUGAUACACUUUGAACUGGAGAGAGAAGGAAUCUUAAAUAAUGACAGAUGUUAUUUAUCCAGUGAAACCACAAGAAUUUUUUUUUUCAUUUGACUGUUUAAUGGAUCUGUUAGGCCAAUUAAAUGUUUUUUUUUUUUUUUUUCAUUUUUUCUUUUCUUUUGACAAUACAUUGUGAUUUUUUUUUAUUAGUAAUUGGUUUGAAAAUGUGUAAAUAUGGUAAUUAUUUGGGAAAGUUGAACAUAGGCAAAAGUGACAAAAUAUUUAAAAAAAUAUUUUUUAUUAUUUAGGUCAUUUUCUCUUUGUGCCUGUGCAUGCGAGAUGUGCUGGAGUGUUGCAAUGAGUGUAUGAUUGAGAUUUUUUUUUUUCAAGUCUAAACCCUAAAUAUGAUAAAGGUUUUGCUGGUGGCAUAUAACUGUGUGUUUAGAGAUUUUCACAUUAGGAAUAUAUAUGGCUAUUACAUUUGGCAAUCCUGUAAAAAAUGUUGGACUCUGGCUUGGACAAUUACUGAAUUGUUAAUAUCUUAAAGUUAUAAACAAAUAGGUUGAAGGAAAUGUUGAAUGACCCCCUAUUUGAAUUGGUCACUAAUUGUAACAAAUCAUGAAAAAUAAAGGAGUAAUAGGCUCAUACUUAUCACA